CACGAUCUUGCAAAAAUUCUGAGUCCAGGUUCUUCAGAUCAUCAUCAUAUCAGUAUUCUGGUCUGAGACUCUGAGCCCGAGUACCAUCGCAGUGACUUCUGCUUGUUCAUCGUGAUGUGCAAACAUGUAUUAAAUGCUCAAGUUUCGAUACGAGCUCCAUGCUGCAAGCAAUGGUUUGAUUGUGCAGAGUGUCAUGCGGAGACGCAGGAUCAUGCGUUAGGGAAGACAACUGAGAUGGCGUUCAUGUGCAAGAAGUGCAAGAAGGCCUUUAGGAAGGAUAUGUCAAACUACGAGGAGAGCGAUGAGUUUUGCCCGCACUGCGAUAAUCACUAUGUCAUUGAUGCCAAGACGCCGCAGGCGGUGAUCGGAGUUGAGGGCGAAGAUACGCGAGUUGACGCACGGAUGCUCAAAGACGAUCGUGUUCAACAAGAUCCAACGCGAUCCAUCUUUUCAAGAGAUUUUUCGGAUAGAGUGGGAUGAUGUCUCUCGACACCCUUGCGUUCCCUGUUUUCCACUUGUGUUCACUGUUGUAUGCUAUCACUGUCUCUAUCGGAUUAGGAUGACGAUCCAUUUUAUAGUCAUUUUCCCUUC